GUUAUUGAACCCGAAAUCUAAAUUUUCCCCAUGUUAAUUUUAUACAGUAGACUCUCACAAAGCGCCUUUUCUACCAUUAUAUCUCUUUUACCUCUAAAUUCAGUAAGCGCCUUAAACGUGGAUUAGAUGCGCAUGCGUGAGAUGAUAUUCAAAUGAUCCGCUAAUGCGCCUCAGAGAUAUUUACCGCCAAGCCUUAAAGGCAGUUGCGCCGGAACAUGGGGACAGUCCCUUAUUUUGGCGUGGGGCAACCAAUGUCUGCCCUCCCCCCCAUAUCCUUCCGAUGCCUUAGGGGCGUGGCCUAACUACGCGGGCGCUUAGUGAGGACUUCGAGGGUGCUUUGUGAGAGUCUACUUAACAUUGUGAAACUUUAAGUGACUAGGCCACCAGAAUUGCUAGUUCAAACAAAUGAUUUCCCAAAAGAAGUAAAACAAGGACCACUCUAAUCAACAGCUGUGGAUUUCACUCUUAAACUGACUCGUGCCACUCUUCGGUUUCUUGGAUUAUGGCCCGAUUCUGAAAAUUCGAGUGGAUGCUUUUCAAAGUAUCAUACAUGGUUAUUAGUUAUUACGAUAUUUGUCUUCGGCUGUGUUCCACAAAAUAUUAAGCUUUUUAUGAUAUGGGGAGACUUAGACAUGACGGUCAAAAUUCUUUCUCUCACAAGUAUACCUACAACGCUUGUUAUGUUUAAAAUGAUUCAUCUCUGGGCAGCCAAAAAAAAACUGAAGACUUUAAUCACUUGCAUUGAAAAAGAUUGGACAAAUUUUAAACCAGAAAACGAACGGCAGUUAAUGGCACAUUUUGCCCAAAACUGUCGAAAAGUUUCACUGCUUUACGUGUUUUUAUCCCAGUCUACCUUCGUCUUUUACACCACGCAACAAAUUUCUGUGGCAAUAAUAGAAGGAAUGAGUGACUUGGCUAAUAUUACGAGAACAACGUAUGUGGAAGCUUACUUUCCUUAUGACAUCAAUAAAAGUCCUAAUUUUCAACUUUCGUGGUUGCUGCAGUGUAUCAGUAUUCAAUUGGGAAACAUCGCUUUUGCUGGAAUUGAUAGCUUUUUUGCCAUUCUUGUCUUACAUAUUUGUGGCCAAUUCAGAGUUUUACAUCAACGUGUGCUAGAAUGUGUUGAGGCAACUGACGGAAAAUUUCAAAAAUGGAAAUUGCAAAAUAAAGUCUCUCUCAUUGUUCAGAGACAUGAGCAUCUUAACAAGUGCAUUGCUAUUGUUGAGGAUACUUUCAAUAUAAUGUUUCUCGCACAAAUAAUUGGAUUUACCAUUACCUUUUGCGUACAGGGUUAUGUUCUAAUUUUGGCUAUAACAGAAGAUCACAAUGGAUUAAAUGCACUUGAAUUGAUUUUUAUGAUUAUAUACAUUGAAUAUAUGGUAUUGAAUUUUUUCGUGUACUGUUAUAUAGGAGAAUAUCUUCGAAACGAGAGCAGAGAAAUCGCAUUCGCUGCCUACAAUAGUAAAUGGUACAAUUUAAAAGCAGAGGAAGCAACAUUUAUCCUUUUUCUAACACAUCGUGCAAGAAAGACGAUUGGCAUUACCACUGGCAAAUUCUUUGUCUUGUCUUUGGAACUUUUUACCGGGAUAAUAAAGACAUCCAUGGGGUAUCUGUCAAUGCUGCUGGCAGUAAAAAAAGGAAAUUAGAAUAAAGGCUUCUUUUUCCAAAACACCCAGUUCUCGCAAAAUUGAUAUUAGGUGAUAUUAAA